AUGCAUUAUCGAACAAACAUUUUAGCAAUUAUCCCGUAUUUUAUUGAUGGAAAAAAUGUAGAAAAUAGAUUUCAAAGUUCACCAGAUAAUGGAGUGAUCAUUAUUAGUUCAUAUUCAAAACAGUUGGGCAAAACUACACUUUCAAAAUAUGCAACUAGAAUCCCCAAAAUUCAUCCUGGUACCUUAUGUUCGCCCUUAUCUAAAUCGAUACUAGUUUUACAUGAGCAAAAUUUAUUGUGA